CCUGAUGCUCAGGUGACAGGAACACCAGAUCUCCAUGGCAACAGUCUGACAUGUUAGACCAGAACUGCAGAUGUUUGUUCUUUAACAGUGAGCAACAUGUGGUAACUCAGGACUGAUGGAUUCAUAAUGUUUCUGAUGAACAGGGCGUUACUGACAGGGAGUGAAAUGUGGCUGAGAUCAGACGCCUUUUACAGAAAGUGAUGAAAUCAUGGAAACAUCACGAGUUUGAAAGGAGAAGCUGAGAUCAGCAGGUUUCAUUAAGUGAGUCAGCCCAAAGCCUGGACACUAUUUAAGACUCCAGACGUCUGGAUCUCCUGUUGGACUCAGGAUCUCUGACAGGCGAGUACUUUUACUCUGUGCCUUCAGCUGGUGUUGGUCUGAUUUCUAGAAGCUGCAGGUCUGGAUCAGGAUAGAAGUAGAACGUUCUGCUGAUGAAGGAACUCAGAUAAAAUUCUGAUGUUUGGUUGGACGUCUGAAGAUGUGAAUGAAGUUUGAUUUAAUGACAGAAACAGGAAUUCUUUCAUUCAUCUCUCAGUUUUCUGUUUACUCCAGUAGCACUCAGAGGCUUCUGUGUGAUAAACCCUCCAUCAUGGGUGACUGGUCCUACCUGUCGGCGCUGCUGGAUAAGGUCCAGUCCCACUCCACGGUGGUGGGGAAGAUCUGGAUGAGCGUCCUGUUCCUCUUCAGGAUCUUCGUCCUCGGAGCGGCUGCAGACAACGUGUGGGGAGACGAAGCGUCCGAGUUCUCCUGCGACACUCAGGAGCCGGGAUGCGAACACGCGUGCUACAACUGGAAGUUCCCCAUCUCCUACGUCCACUACUGGGUGCUGCAGAUCACCUUCGUGGCCACGCCCACCCUGGUCUACCUGGGCCACGCCGUGCACGUGGUCCACAGAGAGAAGAGGAUGAAGAUGAGCCGCUACACCGACGACAGGGGCAAGGUGAGGAUCAAAGGCAUCCUGUUCUGCACAUACGUGACCCAGCUGCUCUUCAAGAUCCUGCUGGAGGUGGGCUUCAGCGUGGGCCAGUUCUACAUCUUCGGCUCGGUCUUCAUGGUGUCCGUCUUCCACUGCCCCCUGACUCCACCCUGCGCUCACUUCUCUGGAGCUCAGUGUCACGUCUCCAGGCCCACAGAGAAGACCAUCUUCAUCAUCUUCAUGCUGGUGGUUUCGGGGAUCUCGGUGCUCCUCAACAUCAUCGAGAUUCUUUACCUGCUGUGCAACCGGAGGAGGAGCGCCCAGAAGAAGAUGUUCGCUCAGCAGCAUCUUCUGGCUCCACAGCAGCCUCCCUCCAACCAGAGCUGGACCAGCAGCUAUGGAGGCUACCAGCCGGCCAGAGGAGAAGAACACCAACACAGCGAGUCCAUCAGCAAAGAAAAGUACACCUGACUGAGAGAAAAGACAUCUGUUCCACGUGUCUGCAUCCGUAUGUUUUCCACGUGAUGAAUGAAUGGGGCAUUGUGUUUCCGUUCUGUUCUACGUUCUGUGUUCUAGGUUCUGUGUUCUACUGUCUGGAUUGUGUUAAAGGUUCUGAACUGAGCUGCUGAUGUUCCUCAGAUAAUAAACUGUUCUGAUCUAACAGGUCAUGUGACUGAGCUGCAAUAAACGUUCAACUCUCA